CUUGUCAUACUAACAUCAGCAACUCACUAUAAAUUCCAAGCUCCAUAUCAUGUCCAUCUAAAUUCUUGAAGGAAGCCAUGAAGGUUCAGCAGCUGAUGUCAGGCUUCUGGGAGCAACUCCCUUCUUCCUCUUCGUCUUCUUCUUCCUCCUCCAUCUCCUCUUUGACGACCGAUAAGUCUAAGCGCCUCCGUCCACUUGCACCGAAGCUCACCUCCACCGCUGCUGCUUCGACCGCCGACACCAGGAACUCUCCUCUCUUGAAAAGCUUCGAUUGCCCGGUGACCUCCAAAAGCACCUCCGGAAACCUUAAUGUCUCACUAUUGCAGUUGCAGAUGCAGUCAGGGGGUACGCGGUGGAACCCAACGCCGGAGCAGAUAGAGGUACUGGAGGCGCUGUACCAGGGUGGCAUGCGAACGCCGAACCCGCCCCAGAUCGAGCGGAUCGCCGCAGAGCUUGGCAAGUACGGUAGGAUCGAGGGCAAGAACGUGUUCUACUGGUUUCAGAACCACAAGGCACGCGAUCGGCAGAAGCUAAAGCGCAGCUCGCUCCUCGCCCUUGCCACCAACACUGCUUCUGAUCUCUCCAGUCUCAAAGAAGAAGAAAUGAGGGAGUGCCAUGACGGCAGCUGCAAGCGCAAGUGCAGGAGCUGGGGCCGCCAUGAGCUGGACGUGGAAGGGAGUGGACCAGGUGAUCAGACCUUGGAGCUCUUCCCACUGCGCCCAGAAUGGAAGCAUGCAGAUUGAAUAGCAUCUACAGAGAAUUAAGACCACCGUUCUUUCUUUCUUCUUUGAUCGUUAGCUUGGCUGUCUCACUUUGCCCUCAUGUUGAGCCAUGUUUCUUGACUUCCUUUUUUCUCACAGCUUCUUUUGAAGCCCAUAGGAAAGUGGAGCUUCUUUUGUUGCAGUGCAUUCUUUUCCUUUGUCAACAUGCAGUAGCAGGUGGAGGAGACUGCUCGAGCUGUGCUUUCCGUGCUGGUCUUUCUCUUCUUUUCUUUUCUGCUUUCCCUUUUUCCUCUUGUCAUGCUUUGUUUCUGAACGCAAUGUUCUCAUGAUAUACGACACCAGAAACUGCAAUGCUGGUCACAAGCAACAUCCAGAAAGAUGAUCUCCAAUCUCCAACAAACUAAUCUCUUGUUUCCCAAAUCCUUGGUCUUCUUCUUCACCUUCCUCUGCAUCUCUUAGCCUAACAAUCCUCCAUAAGACAACUUUUCCUUGUGGAAUGUGCGAACUAUAUCUCUAUUCUUGGAUAACAUGCAUCAAGCAUUUGCUGUACCAUGAUGUCUUUGAAGAUGAACAUAGAAUAUAGGAGAUGAACUGCCAUGAUUAACUGAUGCUCUUUUGGGUGGUCAGCUCUCUACUAGUGUCAGACAGUCGAGCCCAACCUUAGCAUGAGCCUGCACAGACACACUCAAUAGUUCAUCAUAGAACAAAGGUUUGACCUCCAAAGGCAAUCGAUGGAGGCCUUUUCUGUGUCUUUGGGAAGUGUUUGUGUUCAAUUUGCUGCAUGAAGAACUGGGCUGUGAUUACUUGUGCAAUGAUGUUAAACUAGCAAGUCCUGUGCCAUAUUGUUCUUGUAUUUUUAUGAUCAUGUCUUAACAUUA